AUGCAAACGCACUGCGGGCGUACUUUAGGGCAAAAGGGGAAGAAACUGGAUGUUUGGCGUAUCGGGCUAGGAUGCAUCGUCUUUUUUGCUGAGCUGGAGCCAUCUUUAAUCGACACAGAGCAAAACCUGGCAGACCGAGUUCGGUAUAUCUUGCGCUCAAAUAUAUUUGAUGUCGCCGAACUCGAACGGCUACGACGUGAGGCUGUUCCCUCGUCGGAUGAGAAUGCUACGGCUGAGGAUGCGGCGCCACAAAUGGUAGAGCAACCCGCAAACGUGGAUGCCGCCGUGAAUACCCCAGUUGUGGUUGAUUCAAACGAUGAUGGAACAGUCGCCCAGGAACUGGAAUUAGAGCAUAUGAGGAGUAUAUUGGAAGAGGCGAUUGUGGAAACGCGCAGUACGCCUCUCGAAAAUCGACCGCGACUUCCCCGCAUAGCCCUAAGCAAGCGGAAUCGGGCUGUCGUGAGGGCUCUGAACCCAAUGCUGGUUACCUAUUUGGAAGCCAGCCGGGACCUUUGCGAGACGGACUCAAUUCUUUUUGGCGCCGCGCUGGCAGUCUGCCGUAUCAUAGGCGCCAAGGUUUCCACGGCUGGACGCGCUACUGGCCAUAGUAGCGCUAUCCCAGCAUGGAGAAGAAGAAUUGAGGAACGUAUCGCAAAGGCUAGAGCUCUCAUCGGCAGACUGAUAUGCUUCAGAUCAGGCAACAACAGGCCAAGAAUUGUGCGCACCGUCAGGAUGGCGUUUGCUGGGACAAAUGUCAGUUUGUCCCAGCCGGAUAUAACGCAAAAACUGACGGAGCGCAUAGAUGAUCUGAAGCAGAGAAUCGCUGCUUGGGGAAAGCGGAUUCGGCGAUAUACCGAGAGGUCGACACGGUUCAACCAGAAUCGUCUCUUCCAGAGUGAUCAGAAGAGGCUCUAUGAAUCAUUGGAGCGACCAAUGGUAAGUGGAACGGGUACAGCACCGAAUCAGGCCGACACUGUAGCAUUCUGGCGCGGCCUGUGGUCAGAGCCCGUAAACCACAGCGAGGGCCCUUGGACGGAAGUUGUGGCGAGUCAGUGUGCGGGUAUUACGCCCAUGGACCCCGUCAUCAUAACGCCGGAUGACGUAGCUGAGGCGGUUCGUAGGGCCCCGAACUGGAAAAGUCCGGGGCUUGACGGGCUGCAUCACUACUGGCUGAAGGGGUUCAUGGUGUGUCACUCUGUGCUCGCCCGACAGUUUCAAGAGGCUCUCAACCAGAAGUCGCUCCCAAGCCUCUUCACUACUGGGAUCACUCAUUUAGUUCCUAAAGACCAGGGUACCACAGACCCGAGCAAAUACCGCCCCAUCACGUUACCAGUAACAGUUGUUAUUAAAAUGCGUGUAGCUGAUGACGUUUAUAUUUUUAUAGAAGUAAGGCUGUCACAAAAGUACAUAAGGCCACCUUAUGGUAAGGUUCUCUAA